CCACCAUCCCUGUCGUCUGCCCCAGCUCCUCGACGCAAUCUACCCACAAUCCUGUCCAGACAGAACUUAAAGCUUAACUCAAAACAGUUACCGCUGGUAAAGUAGCUUCGUAUACUGUUUCACGGCAAUUAUGGCACCCGGCACGAAACGCACGUCGAGCGGAACCAUGAAGCAGGGCACCCUCUCCUUCGCCGCAAAGCGCACCGGUUCUGGACCGUCUGCUUCUACAGCAAAGUCUGGCAAGAAGACCAUCGGUGGCAAUGCUAGUCCUUCGGUCAAAGUUGCCACGCCGAAACCGACAACCGCUACAAUCGAGGUGGACAGCAGCGAGGGAGAGGAUGACUUGUUGGAAGAGUACAUCAGCAGCGAGGAUGAAUUACCGAUGACUGUGUCAACGGAGCAGAAGAAGAAGCUCAAGGGCACGAAGCCAAAAUCAGAGGUGGUCAACUCGGGAGAUGGUUUGGAGAACGCCACAGCUGCUGAGACAGCCGAGGAUGUGAAGGACGAGGUUCAGGAGCCUGUGAUGAGGGAGAAGCUGAACAUGGAUGACAAAAAGUGGAAUAAACAGUAUGGCCUUGCUAGGGUGAAGAUGGGAAAUUUGAAGCCUGUUCAUUGUGAAGGCGACAAGAAAGUACACCAUAUAUUGCGAGUCUUCGACAUGUCGUACGAAUACGGACCAUUUAUUGGUGUAACUCGUCUCGAACGUUGGGAGCGCGCAAAUGCUCUUGGUCUAAAUCCUCCCCCAGAGAUCAAAGAGAUUCUGAUCACGGAGCAAGGUGUCAACGACAAGAAAAUUAGAGAAUCAGCGCUCUAUGGCAUGGUGUAGAUUCUCCUCCACUGUUCUUCACCAUUCGCGGUUUUCUAUGUUUCCUUCCUUGUCCGUUAUUUGUUGUUGACUGUUAGUCGUCCACCGGCCGUGCACCGGCCGUCCACCCAUUCUCUGUCUACGUACUUUUCUCCUCGUUGUUCUCUUCGUUCUCGUCCUGCCGUUGCUGUUCGCUUUCACUUACCUCUUGCUCGUCGCUUUGAACUCUUGGACCCGUUCUAUCGUCUGUACAUAUGAAACAUUCUCUACUGCUGAUCUGAAUAUCGUGUAUACAAUACUAGCUGCUGCCUUCCAUUGAACGCUUAUGAUAAGAAUAACAUUCUGCAGUCG